AUGUCGCAGAGCUUCCUCGCGGCCGCCGCGACGCGUACGCGUGCGUGCGACGCGUCUGGCACGGCCGUCCAUGAGGCGGUGGAGCUCGCAAUCCAAAUUGCGUGCAGUGCUGGUUAUCUCGAAGCUGGUGACGUGCUUCGCCUCGAGCAGGUGUGCCACGCCUUCGAUGCCGAACAAGCGCAGGCCCUUUGGGCAGAAUUAUGCCACCACAUUUGGGCGAUUCCGACGAAUGCUCACGUAAUCUUUCGUGACGGAGCAAACGUCGUGUGGAAGCGUCGUUAUCAACAGGCUCUCUCGUGGGAUGGUCGGCUGUACGCGUCAGGCCUGCAGGCGAGUUUUCCCAAUUCUGCGACCCAAUUCUGCGACCCAGAUAAUCAGCAUCCGAUGGAACAGUUUCCCAAUCUUCGGUUCUCGUCAGCUGCUUGCGGCGAGCUGCACUUCAUCGCGAUCGCCGGCGAUACACCAGAAGCCUCGAGCCACCGUUUGUUUGCGUGGGGCCACUAUCGCCUGACGCGAGACGAUCUUGAUGCGGGUGCCCCUCCUACCUCGAUUGCGAAUGGCUUGGCUUGCCGUGCGCCGUGCGGCGGCUUACCGUCUCGUGGCCCAGUGGACAUGGAGCCGAGGCGUGUCCAGUAUACCAUGGGCGAUCGGAUGCCCGAUAUCGCCGUCACGCGUACGGGCCGGAGUGCGGUGGUGCACGCCGGCGCGCUCCGCAUCUUCGGAGCGAGCCGCUUCGGGCUCGGGGACGACGCCGGCCAUGAUGACGACGAGACAGUCUGGAUUGAGGACUCUUCCCCGAGAAUCGUGGCUAUGCCGGGGUUGGGGAGAGUGACAUCGAUCAGCCUCGGGGACGAGCACGCGCUCAUUUCGGACGACGGUGGGCGGCUGUUCUCGUUCGGUGAUGGCGGAGACGGCCGACUUGGGCUGGGCCAGCCGUUGCGUACAGUCAGAACUCUUGCGCAAGUCACCGCGCUGGCAGGUAAGCGCGUGGCUGGUGUGGCUGCGGGCCACGCCCAUUCGUUGGUCUUCCUCGAUGACGGCAGCCUGUGGGCGUUCGGAUCGAACUCACGCGGUCAGCUUGGGCAACCUGCAGCUGGGGAUUGGGCUGCGACUCCGGUGCGUGUCGACGGCGCGCUGGCGGUGACUCAGGUUGCCGCUGGACUGAAUCUGAGUGCAGCUCUGACAUCGGCGGGCAGUUUGCUCACCUUUGGGCAAGGCAACGAGCACGGGCUCGGAACCGACGAACGCAUCGAUUGUGACACGCCAACGAUUGUGCUGCCAGAGCGACGCAUCGUAUCAGUUGCGGUUGGCGUGGGUUACAUGGUCGCCAUCGACGACGAAGGGAGGGCCUUUUCCUGGGGAUACAAUUCGCACAACCAGUGCGGGCGGGGACACGAUGAGGAGGACGCGGACGAGAUGGACGACGAGUUUUGUCCUGACGGUUGCGUUCGCGUCGGUCAGGUGCACCUCCCCGGCCCGGUGCGAUUUGUCUCUGCGUGCUGGGCGACGUUCUACGUGCUGGGCCUGCAGCGCAGGCAGUGA